GGCGCUGGCCGCGGUGCUGGCAGCAGCGGCGGGGCCGCCACUGCUCCACGGCCGACCCUUUGACGUCCCUGACGGGGUCGGUCCUCACCAUCGGCAUCUACACGGUCACGAAGAUCUCGCCGUUCUCGGGCUUGUGGGCGAUCCACCUCUUCGGAGUCUAUGACGACUACUUCUACCUAGGCGGCGAGAGUGACGGCACCUCCUUCACCAACACUGGGGCCACCUAUCUUGACGGUCCGACGUAUGAUGACAUGCAGGCCGUGGCUGGCCCUGAUUACUGCGUUUGGAAAGAUAUGGACCCUGAUAGGCAACGCGCACUUGAGCUCCAGCGUGAUCUCGAACGUGCCCUUCGCAGCUUCACGGGGCACUGGCUGGAGGACCCGCACGUCCUGGACGACGAUAGGGACGGGAUGCACUGGAGGCGGCACUGCGUGCCCUACGUUGCCAACUACCUGUCGCACCCGUUUCUGCGGCCGCUGGUCAUGGAGAAGGCCCAGCAGGAUGGGCAUGACAACCCUCACGUUGCUGCAGUUGAUAUGGCUAUCGACAUCUGCAGGCGCGCAUUCCGUGCUCGGCGGCGAGCGCGUUUCCACUACCAUGACUGGCUGCGGAGCCUCGAGGCCCUCGACCCCGAGGAGUACGACAACCAGCUUGCCCUCCACGCCGAGGCGAUGAUCAGGGAGCAGGAGAUCUUCGAUACUCGCGUGGAUCCUCGCCGCCCCGAUGGAGAGGAGGCCAGUUCUGCCUCGUCCUACACGGGCUGCUCUGACACGGUGACCGUCAGCGACUACGAGGGCAGCGAUCCUGACGACUCAG